CUGCACGUCUACUACAACAUCCCCCAUUCCCCCAACCCGCCCUCCUUGAUUACCCUUCCCCUUCCCUCGACCGCCCUUCCGCUCGCUAUACGGCGCGUAAUAGUCCUUCCCACCAUUAUCUCUCUAUUUCCGCUCCCCACAACGCGUCCGGACGCGUUUUCGACGUGCGAGAGGCCGAUCGCCUUCAGGCGCGAUGCGCGUCCUGCGCGAUCUGUGGGUUUCAUAGCCCUGUCCGUCAUAUUCCAUCCCUCUUCCCUCCUAUCCUACACGAUUUUCCGC